AUGCUCUCCAGCUUUUCAACUCGACCAGCGCACCACCAGGUUCCUUCCAAACUGAUCAUUCGAUCAACAAGUCUGGCAGCGGUCGUCAUCGUCAGCCUAUGGAGCAUCCUCUACCUCAAACGUUCCUUCCCCACCUAUACCGUUAAGGCCAAAUUGGAGCGGUUACUCCCCGGUGUAUCCGUCAACACAGAGAUCAAGCUACACUGGAACGAUUCCCCUCGCCGAUUGAUCGUUUUUGGUGACUCUUGGAGCGACAACGGUCAAUACCCCGUCAAUCCACCACCGCGCGAGCAGACGCCCACACGAAAUGACGCGCAAGGCAAAAUCUGGACAGAUUGGCUCUGCUCCAGCAUCUCGUGUACUCAUCAUGACAAUUUUGCAAGAUCGCUACCUCAUGUAUGGGACAGUGGGUACAGUGGUGCAGUCGUUGACAGCAAUUUACUAAACAGCACCUUGUCGAAUACUACAUUAUCAAAUAGCACCUUCAUCACAGACAUCGAAUGGGCCGAGCCGCUCGCAGAUCUGAAGACUCAAGUACAGCACUGGCUGGCAUUCGAGAAGAAGCAGUAUGCCAACAGCCGAGUAAGCGAAAUUGAGCGAAGUGGUACGGUUUUCAUCGUCUGGUUCUCAUUAUGGGAUUUGUGGUAUUACUCCGAAAAGACCCUUGCAGAAGCCGAAGCCGCUGUGGCAAAGACCAUGGACGCGCUGUUUGAACAACUCGACGUGAUCGCGGAGAAUUGGCCUUCGGAGAUGAAGCUCAUCAUACCCGAAGCCAUCGAUACCACGUUCUUACCAGGCUGGCACACCAUGAGGACUGGCCCUCGGGGCUCAGAUCCCCUCGGCGAAAAGCAGAGGAGCGCCGUUCUUCUUGUCGAGCAAUGGAAUCGAGGGUUGGACAUGAGGGCUGUCAGGUGGAGAGGGGGCUCGAUGUACAUCUACAACACCAACGUAUGGCUCCUUGAUCAGGUGCGUGAGCAACAGCUAUCCACUGCACACUUGAGCGAUGCCAAUGGCAUGGGCGCCAACCAAUCUCCAUGGAACAACGUGCGUUCUGGCUGUGUCGCAUCCAACUACAAAGCCUACGACGUGCUGGGAGAGGAUCCGACUGCGGGUCGCUGCUCUGAUCCGACCACAUACCUCUUCUGGGACGACAUGCACUUGGGGCCUGAGGCUAUGAAAAUGAUAGGACAAGGCAUAGCUCAAGACAUCGCUGCGAAUCGCGCCACAUCUUGGUUUGCCCACGCGGUAGAGGAGUCAUAUGAAGAUGAAGAUGAAGAAGCUCCGCUACCUCAAGACCCUCAUCGUGAAGAUUCACCUACGUAA